AAUCAACCAGCUUAGAUUAUCCAUCUAACAUCGGUACCACCACGAAACCGUGCGACGAAUUAAUCCGGCGGCGAUAUGUAUGUCUUAGAAAUUAAAUGUGACGAAAUUUAGUGCCGGAACCUCCAAAAAAGUAUGCUAUUUUGAGAGGUGAUCGACAACAAGAUGCCUGGCGGGAGGAGGGGAUUGGUUGCCCCCCAGAACACGUUUCUGGAAAACAUUAUCAGAAGAUCCAACUCGCAACCGGACAGCAGUUUCCUGUUGGCCAACGCACAGAUCGUGGACUAUCCGAUAGUCUAUUGCAACGAAUCGUUCUGCAAGAUCUCUGGCUACAACAGGGCGGAAGUGAUGCAAAAGUCGUGCCGUUGCUCAUUCAUGUUCGGCGAACUGACCGACAAGGAAACCAUCGGCAGGGUUGAUCAGGUCCUCGAGCAGCAGCUUUACGACCAAUUCGAAAUAUUACUUUACAAGAAAAACAAGACCCCGCUAUGGCUGCUGCUGCAGAUCUCGCCGAUCAAGAACGAACGCGACUUAGUCGUCCUGUUCCUGCUCACGUUCAGGGACAUCACGGCCUUGAAGCAACCGAUAGAGACGGACGAUGCGAAGGGAGGAUUAUCAAAGUUUGCGAAGCUGGCCAGGUCGGUGACAAGAAGUCGAUCUGUUUUGGUGUCUCAGUUCUCGUCUCAUCUGCCGAACCUGAAGGACACGACGAAACAGUCCCAUUUAGUUCAAAUGAUGAGUCUGAAUGCGGAUAUAAUGCCACAGUAUCGACAAGAAGCACCGAAAACCCCACCACACAUUCUACUUCACUAUUGCGCCUUCAAAGCAAUAUGGGAUUGGAUAAUAUUAUGUUUAACUUUUUAUACGGCAAUAAUGGUUCCUUACAACGUAGCGUUCAAAAACAAGACUUCUGAGGACGUAUCUCUUCUGGUUGUGGACUCGAUAGUAGACGUAAUUUUUUUUAUAGAUAUAGUUUUAAACUUCCAUACAACGUUCGUGGGACCCGGCGGCGAAGUAGUCUCCGAUCCGAAGGUGAUAAGGAUGAACUAUUUGAAAAGCUGGUUCAUCAUUGAUCUGCUAAGCUGUUUACCAUACGAUGUGUUCAAUGCGUUCGACCACGAUGAAGAUGGUAUCGGUAGCUUGUUCAGCGCCUUAAAGGUUGUGCGCCUUUUGCGUCUGGGCCGAGUUGUCCGCAAACUGGACCGUUAUCUGGAAUACGGGGCUGCGAUGCUCAUACUUCUUCUUUGUUUCUACAUGCUGGUUGCUCAUUGGCUCGCGUGCAUCUGGUAUUCCAUAGGACGUUCGGACGCCGACAACGGUGUGCAGUACAGUUGGUUGUGGAAGCUGGCUAACAUCACUCAAAAUCCGUAUUCGUACGUGUGGCCGAACGACUCGAGCACGCCGGAAUUGAUAAAUGGACCGUCGAGGAAGACGAUGUACGUGACGGCGUUGUAUUUCACGAUGACGUGUAUGACUUCAGUGGGGUUUGGAAACGUCGCCGCCGAGACGGAUAACGAGAGGAUUUUUACCAUCUGCAUGAUGAUUAUCGCUGCACUUUUAUACGCAACGAUUUUCGGCCACGUGACAACCAUUAUUCAGCAGAUGACGUCCGCCACUGCCAAAUACCACGAUAUGCUUAACAACGUGAGGGAAUUUAUGAAACUGCACGAGGUCCCGAAGGCACUGUCGGAACGGGUAAUGGAUUAUGUGGUCUCCACAUGGGCAAUGACGAAAGGUCUGGAUCAAGACAAGGUGCUGAACUUCUGCCCCAAAGACAUGAAGGCGGACAUCUGCGUCCAUUUGAACAGGAAAGUGUUCAACGAGCAUCCCGCCUUCAGACUGGCGUCGGACGGUUGCCUGCGGGCCCUCGCCAUGCACUUCACCAUGUCGCAUUCCGCCCCCGGCGACCUGCUCUACCACACCGGCGAGUCGAUCGAUUCCCUCUGCUUCAUUGUCACCGGUUCCCUUGAAGUCAUUCAGGACGACGAAGUCGUUGCCAUCUUGGGAAAGGGCGACGUGUUCGGCGACUCGUUCUGGAAGGACAAUGCGGUCGGCCAGUCGGCCGCCAACGUCCGGGCUUUAACAUAUUGUGAUCUACACACGAUUAAACGUGACAAACUCUUAGAGGUUUUAGAUUUUUAUCAAGCAUUUGCAAACAGUUUCGCCAGGAAUUUGAUACUGACCUACAACCUCCGUCACCGGCUGAUAUUCAGGAAGGUGGCGGACGUGAAGCGCGAACGCGAACUGGCCGAGAGGAGGAAAAACGAACCCCAACUGGACCAGAACCAGGACCAUCUGGUGCGGAAAAUAUUUAGUAAGUUCCGCAGGGAUCGGUCGCAGCACACGCAGCUGACCGUUCAGCCGCCGGACGUGGAGAAGGGCAGCGAAGGAGGCGAAGGAGGAGACAAAGCAAUUUCAAGGGUCCUUUCAACAACGAAAUUGUCCUCAGUAGCAGAAAAGGACGACAGUAGCAACACUGGAGUAAAAACUACCGUAGCACGACCAAGCAGCAUGCGUGGCAGCAAAUGGGGCCGACUGUUGGGCUCAGCUAGUUUGGAUUCAAGUUCGGAAGCCUCGGGAGCGAACCCACAAACCUUCCAAAGGAGCCAGAGCGCCAAAGAUCCAAAGGACAGGCCUAGUUCUUCGUCCUCCGGCAGUUCCAUGAGCCAAUCCACAAGCGGGUCUGGAAACAAGAUCUUCCCGAAGUUGCAGAAGGUUUCCACCACAAGUAGUCCAGGCAUAAUACGCCAGGACACAAUCGAUGAAAUGGGUGAAGUGGAAUCGAAUCACGGUGGCGGUCGAAAUUUGUCACUGAGAAAAAUGCAAAGUUACGAUUGCGGCCUAAGAGAUCCUUCGACCGCCUCCAUGUAUCAACCGGCCCUUCCACCAGAAACGACGUCAGCAGUCACACCUGCCGAAUACAAGGAGAUCAUCACCAAUCUGAUGGACUUCAAAGUGGACGUCAAGCUGGAGAUCCAAAAGCUUAACCAGAAGUUCAACAAAAUGGAGGACAUGAUGGCCGAGCUGCUCAAGAGACUAACCCCCGACCCAGGAUCGAAUGCGCAGUCGCCGGACUCGGAAGGACGCGGCGGCGGCACCGGUAAACCCCCGAACCCCGAGAGGCCGACGGAACUGAUACCCCGGACGUCCGAGGGCACCGGCCUCGGCGCCACCAUUCUCAAGAAGCGUCGUUCUAAGACGCGCAUGAAAACGAUAGCACCCCAGGCGCCGGCGACGCCUAACGGCGCCCCAGUUAAGGCGACGACGCCCGACAGCCAAGCCGCCAGUCCCACCGAGACGACGAAAAUGCUCGACGACACGGCCUCGACACCGUCCUCACGCAAACCCAAGGACUUCUAUUAAUGACAAUUAUAAAAGUAGUACGGUCGAAUUUUAUGUGGUACAUGUUUCGAUGUAAAUGUAUGUAUUGUUGAAAAAACUUCAAGUUUUUCCCUUAAGAUUCUAAGCUACGUCUCUUAAACUUGCACUACUACUAGACAUCCAAAACUGUAUGUCAAUUAUAAAUUAAUGCUAGAUUUCCUCCAUUUUACUAUUAUGACUUUUUCUUGCUGUGACUAGAUGUCCUUACAGUAACUUCGAAGCUCAUUUCGUGAUUCUUGAUAUAUUGACAUUAUUAAGGUUUUUCUGUCCUACAUUUAUACAACUUUAUGAUAUUUCCAAUUUCAGUUACCUUAAUAAUGAAACAUGCGUUUUAUGGUGCUACAAAAUUUGCUAAACAAUCACUUUAUACUGUAAAAAUAAACUAAUUUAUUAAAAAAUCUUUUUUUUAAUAUAUUCAAAAAACUGUUGUUUUACCAACGCUUCUAAUUUAGGCUGUGAUACGCUUUUAGACAUAUAACUUUUAGAAAUUUAAAUUUAGUAUUUCUAUUAAAUCUAAAUUAUAGUCAUACUGUGUAGCCUUAAAUUACAUUUAAUUUAAAUUAAAGCUAUUGAGUGCUUAAAAAAAUUAUUGUUCGCGUAAGUCUCUAUUUGACUGAGAUUGAGUUUGCAUUAGACAACGAAGAGACAAAGCAUAAAAAUUUAUGUAGUUGAACAUGACUACAUGACCUAUUUCAAAACUCGUUCAACAUAAAUUUCACUUUUUAAUAGUAACAUCUAAUUAUUUGCCUCCAAACACAAUUCCUAAAUUCUUCGUAAUUCGACCGUACUACAUUAAACUAGUUGAGUUAGUACAAUAGCUAGGCAUCUUUAAUAUUGUAGCGUUUCUUAUGAACAGCUAAUUUUUAGCAGGAUUUGAACCUUGACAAGGUAAAUUAUGCAAUAACGUUCACAUCCGCAUCAGUUGGAACAGUUUACGAACAUUACUGAAAACAUUCUUCACUUUCCUAUCACACCGUCAUUGAUUGAAUUGGUAUGGUGUUUGGUGACAGAUAACGAUGUGAAUCAAUAGUAUUAUUUAUCAAAUUGAACGAGCAAUUUCCAACGUUUAAAACGUAAUUUAAACACAGAAUUUAGAAAAUUUAAAAUUAUUAUAAUAUUAAAAAAUUACGACAUUUGUAUCCGUCUUCAUAGUUAAUUUUACAUAGAUACUCGAAACGUUUAUUGCAAUGUUUAGAAGUCUUCCAUAUUUAAUUUCAACAGAAAUAAAUGCAUUGUUUAUAUUAUGGCAUUCAUAAAAGCAUUUAUGCUAUGAAGAUGGAAUCGAUUUGUUUAAAUGCACAUUUAGAUAUUUACAAUAGUUUUAAUUGGCUUAAAAUUAUUGUAAAACCCGUUGGAAAUACGAGCUGGUACAAAAUUUAGUUAAUAUCUAUAUUUUAAUAUAAGUAUAUCCACUAAAUCUUAUGACUUUUAUAUUAAUGCUUCAAAGACAGCAACUUUUCUUUAAUGCAAGAAUAUUAUUCUUAGAUUUUGAUAAAAGUAGAAAAAUUAAUAAAUAAUCAGAAUUAAAAUAUUUAACAUUCUUGCAAGUGCCAUAAGAGUCAUGUUAAAUAAUUCAUUAUUUGAAAAUAAACUGUAUAUAAAAACAAGAUUUUAUAUAUCUAUACACUACAGUUUAAGUUUACAAAUUUCUAUCUUCUAGAAACAAACGUGGCGAUAGAAAUCCUAAAGAGUAACAAUUUAAUAAUCGUAAAAAAUGUAUUUUCUGUCUGAUAUUAUAAAAAAAAGAAGAAAAAAAAUGAAGAAAACACAUAAACUAGCAGUAAAAGGGAUAGUUGAUUGAUGUUCUUGGAUUUCUAUUGGACGUGAUACCUUAAAGAGACACAAAAAAGAGAAAGAUAUAUAUGUAUAUGAAAAUGCUGCUUAAUAAAAAAUUGUGAAGAUGUUUUGUGUGCCCUUCGCUGUUUGAAUAUGGCCUCUAUAGGAAAAAACACAUAUAGCUAUAUAUUUAAUCAUAAACACAUAAAGUACCCAGCACCACCAAAAAUAUGUACAUCAAGAAAAAAUCAAAGAAAAUGUUAGUUGUAUAAAUAUGUUAUUUAACCAGCACAUAGAGGUAUAUUUUCGAAAUUCGUUGCGAGAUUCUUACGAACUGUUAAAACUUUUAUAGAAUUUAUUCAUCUGUUAUUAAGACGACGCAUAUCGAAAACAAUAUUUAUAAUUUUGUUCUUACACAGUUUUGGAACGUUUGUUAUUUCUAUUAAAUUUGUUAAAAAUAUAUUUAUUUGAGCCUUCUCCUACAUAUAUAAAAUUUAAUCAAAGCUUCUUGUACCCCGCUUUAAAGUUUUUUAUUAAAUACACAGUGGAAAGAAUGUUAAUUAUUCACUUUAUAUCUUGACAGGAAGUACAAGCUAGGACCAAGAAUUGUUGAGCCAAAUGCUGCUGGUAAAAUAAAAUAUGCAAAAAAAUAGUUGUUGAAAUAGAAUAACGUACAUGUCCAAAAAAAUCUAUUUCCUAAGGUUCGUUAAGUUUUCAGCCUGUCACAUUGUUUAUCUAGUUAUUUAGUGAAUUCAUAUUUUAUAUUAAGCAAUAAUUAUACAUUGUAUAUAAUUUUUCAUGUGAUAUAAAUUCUUAAUAAUGUACCUAUAUGAUUAUACAACUGUAUUAUUAACUUUAUUGUACAUAUAAUGAUUUUAAUAUUAAUAUUUCUUUUGAUUAAUAAAGCUUUAAAAAAGACUCUU